AGCUCCGCCUCGACUUCCCAUCCUUCACUUGCGCCCGCUGCUCAACCACCCUUUGCUAGACGAGUGAAGAAGAGACCCUGCCGGCCAUUCCACGGCGUCUUCUCGUACCGCGAUUAGCCGCCGAGAUGAAUAGUUCCCUUCCUUCGUGGAAGGACCGCACGCAGAACCAGUUUGGCAAGCUUCAGAUCCAAGUACCAUGGCGCUCCAUCCAGCUGCUGGUCCCGCAUCGCAUGCGACGGAAGAUCCGGUCGAAGCUGCGCAGCAGGCUUUCUCCGACCUCAUCCAUUUCGUCGCUGCAAACAUCCUUCUCGCCCGUCGAUACGCUCCGUUCACUCCAGAGCCAUCGUUGGACACUAUAUGACUUCCAGUAUCUGCUUCUGCUGAUUAUCGGUAUCUUCUCCCUCAGCAUGAUGGGUGCACCGGGGCCGUUGGCCAAAACCGCGGUCUUCACGCUGCUCCUGAUCUCGCUCCUGCUUCCGAUCACCCGCCAGUUCUUCCUACCUUUCCUGCCGAUCGCGGGCUGGCUUAUCUUCUUCUAUGCUUGCCAAUUCAUUCCGAGUGACUGGCGCCCCGCGAUCUGGGUCCGCGUGCUUCCGGCCCUGGAGAAUAUCCUGUACGGUGCGAAUAUCAGCAACAUUCUGUCUGCUCAUCAGAAUGUCGUUCUUGAUGUGCUUGCUUGGAUUCCUUACGGUCUUUGCCAUUACGGUGCGCCGUUCGUCUGCUCGCUCAUCAUGUUCGUCUUCGGCCCUCCCGGUACGGUUCCACUUUUCGCCCGCACCUUCGGCUACAUUAGCAUGACUGCAGUCGUCAUUCAGCUCUUCUUCCCAUGCUCUCCGCCGUGGUACGAGAACCUUUAUGGCCUGGCACCGGCCGACUAUUCCAUGCCCGGUAACCCCGCCGGUCUUGCCCGGAUCGAUAAGCUCCUGGGGAUCGACCUGUACACCUCGGGCUUCAGACAAUCCCCUGUCGUGUUCGGUGCCUUCCCCUCUCUGCACGCUGCGGACUCAACGCUGGCUGCGCUCUUCAUGAGCCACGUCUUCCCGCGCUUGAAGCCUCUGUUCGUCACCUACACUCUGUGGAUGUGGUGGGCGACGAUGUACCUGUCCCACCAUUAUGCAGUGGACUUGGUUGGUGGUGGUCUGCUGGCCACGGUCGCUUUCUAUUUUGCGAAGACCCGCUUCCUCCCGCGCGUCCAAAGUGACAAGACCUACCGCUGGGAUUACGACUACAUUGAGAUCGGCGACUCAGCUCGCGCCUAUGGAUACGACUUGGCUAGCUUCGAUGGCGACUUCAACCUUGACAGCGAUGAAUGGACGGUUGGCUCUUCGUCUUCGGUCUCUUCUGGCUCCUUGAGCCCUGUCGACGACCAUUACACUUGGGAGGGAGAAUCCCUGGCCUCCCCGGUCGCCGACAUCGAAUCGGGACGACAUGUCAUUAGCCCAUGAUUCUCGUUCCGAGUUCCCACCAACUUCACACUGCAUAUAGCAUUCGCUUCUUGCAUCUAUUUACGAUUGGCGUUUUAACAUUUGACGACAUGCUGGUUUAUUGCAUUGAGCCAAUU